UCAUGUCUAGAAGAAGUGCGAGACUUCUUAAUGUAGGGUACUAUGACCAGUCCUCAGAUGAUGAAAUCUCUGGCUCCAUGGUCUCCUACAAGGAGAGCCCUGUGCCUAGGUAGGUGUGUGUGUGUGUGAGUGAGAGAGUAUCGCUGUGUGUGCGGUGAUGCUUAUUGCACUUACGGUGGUAUUAGCACAGUGUUAACUGUGUGUGUGUCAAAUCAAAAUGUAUCUGUGUGUGUCUGUCUCAGGCUAUUCAACAAGAGGAAACCGAGAACAGGGGGCCAUAAGGGAAUCCAAAAGCCAAAUCAGCCAAUCAACGGUGAUGAAUUAAUUGGUACUGCUGACAUCACUUCCUGCCUGCGCUAGGGGUUGUCCAGAUUGAUAACCCCUAUCUAGCCCCUUGUCCCUAGGACAUGGUUGUUCUGUCUUGCCAACUCCAUGACAAUGAUCAUAGGAGUUGUGACAACACAGGAUACGUCCCUAGCCCGGGUUAGACACUUUUGUAGAUUGGAAAUCAUAUGCAAUGUAUUACUAAAGUUCUUUCCCUCUCCCCCCACCCCUCUUUCCCUCUCUCUCUCCCCCCACCCCUCUUUCCCUCUCUUUCCCUCUCUUUCUCCCUCCUCCCCCACCCCUCUUUCUCUCUCUCUCCCUCCUCCCCCACCCCUCUCUUUCUCUCUCCCCUCCUCCCCCAACCCUCUCUUUCUCUCUCUCCCUCCUCCCCAACCCUCUCUUUCUCUCUCUCCCUCCUCCCCCACCCCUCUCUUUCCCUCCUCCCCCCCACCCUCUUUUUCUCUCUCUCUCCCAACAUCCUCCCACCCCUCUCUUUCUCUCCCCCCCCCCUCCCCCCCCUAUUCCUUCCCUCCCCCUCUGUCAGUCAUGGCGCCAACUGUGAGGGCCGUCCAGAGAAGGCAGACCUUCCUGUCUCCUACUGUGGCACCCAGUGUGGCCCCUGUUUCCUUUGGCCCCCGCCGCCUCUGUGGCCCUGCAGCCCAGCAUGAGCUCCUCCAGCAUUGGAUACACCAGAAUUGACAGCUCUGGCUACUGCUCUGAUUCUGAGGAGCCACUGAGGGUCAAGACACGCUCCAACAGGAGACUAUCCAGCGGGAUAGGCACUAGGACCAGUGCCAGCGCUAGCUGCAGUGAGUUCAGUGUGUCUGUCUGUGAGAGACAACACUAGCUUGGCAUUUGCAUGUCUUUAUAUGCUUGUAAAAAAUAAGAAGAUAAAAAAAGCUGGUUAGUUAGCAUUAGCUUAGCAUCAGUGUGUCUCAAUUCAAUUUUCAAUUUAAGGGCCUUUUUAAUUUAUGCGUGUCUCUCUGCUUGAAAUUUGUCAGCAUUAGUUUAGCAUUAGCUCGUCGCUUUGCUUUUGCCUUGUUUGUUAGCAUUAGCAUUAUCUUUGGCUCUGUGUGUCUCCCUGUAGGCCGUUCAUGUUUCCCGACUGGUUUGCCAUCCUGGUUUGUCAUCUUCCUCUUCCUCCUGCCCGUUCUCCUGACCUUCCGUGAGUGUGACGUAACGUUCAUGUUCACACAUCUAAAUAUCCUCCUAUAAAUCUGUCCUCUGUGUGACCCGAACCACAAUGUCUUCCCUGCAGUAUUUGUCUUUCCGACCGUGUUCCCCACCAUGAACCUCAACCUUCCAAUGAACCGGCCGACUCAACCUGACUCUCCGCCCGACCUGACAUCAAAGGCUACAGUAGGACCUCUGUUUUUCAUCUGUCUUCUGGUGACGUCUCACAUGGCACACUAUACCCUAUAUAGUGGCCCACUUAUGUGGGCUCUGGUCAAAGGUAGUGCGCUACAUAGGGAAUAGAGUGCCAUUUGGGGCAGACUGUGUUAUCUAUGUCUUGAUUGGGUGAAUGCUGCAAUGAAGCUAUGCAUGGGCAACACUCUGGUUGACUAGUUAAAACUCUUUCUACAGUAUGGAACUUCUAUCAUGGAUUCAGCUCUUGAAGACAAAAUGGACAACAUCCAGGUACAAAAUAGAGAGAGGGGGGGUGGAGAGAGAAUGCACAAAAUGUUUGGCCAUAUUAAUUUAUCUGUCCAUGUGCUUGUCUUGCAGAGAGAGAUUGAAAUUCUUAAACAGAAAGCACACCAGCACCGAGGCAUUUCCCAGGUGAGAAUAGUCAAUCUAUCCCUUUGUAGUGGAAGUACCUGGGAUUAUUUUCUAUUUGUUGCUGUAGUAUUGCCAGUUUGUCAAUUGAGAUGUGGUGUCAAUAAUUGCCCUUCUGGAAUUAAUAAAGUUUAUUCAAUUGAAUUGUGUUUGUGUCCACCAACAGAUGGUACAAAGACUCAAUAUCGACAUGAGGGGAGUAAGGAGCGAGAUGAACAACGUCAGAGGGAAAGGGAACAGGUGAGUGUGGACCAGUCCUGAAACUACCCAUAUAGUCCCUAGCUCCUACCCCAUAAAAAAACAAGACAAAAGUUAUGUUGUAUUCUAUUCUAGAAGACAAAUAUCUGUUUCUCCCAAAAUAGAAAAUACAUUUGUUUUGUGUUGUUUCAUUCUAUUUUAUUGUAGUGUCUCUAUUGCUGUCUCUACUGCUGGAGAGCGUCUGGCCCAGGACGCUGCCGAGUUCGGCAGCAAGAUGGCUGAUCUCCAAGAGGAACAGUCCAUUACCACACAGAGGGUCAGAGCCCUGGAGGACACCAGUGAUACGGUAACACACACGUACACGCAGGCACACGUGCACACACACACACACACAUACACACACACACUUCUCCUAAUAUGCGUGAUCUCUGUGUGUUCUCUAGCUGCAGCAACAGGUGACCACCAUUCAAAACCAGCCUCCCCCUGCUCCCACACCAGAAAACAUACACCUGACACCUGAUUUUAAAGAGGCCAUGGAGAAAUGGCUGCGUGACCAACUGGCCCAGGUGGGUUUAUUUAUUUUCUUGUAAAAUAAACAGAAGAUGUGAUGCGUUUUUAAAGUUGACCGUGCAUGUGUGAUUGUGUGUCUGUCUGUGUCUCACAGGAUGAGAGAUGGGACAUGAAACGGGUGAUAAAGGAUUGCAGUCGUCCGUUAGCGGACCGACUGCCUGACUUUGCCUUGGAGUCUCAAGGUUUGUGACAUCACUGUACUUCAGCAUGUUUUCCGUAUGUGCCACAGAAAUAGUCCCAGCACGUGUGGAUGCUUUAUAGACUACAGUAUCGUGUGUGUGUGUGUGUAGGUGGCAGUAUUGUAACCAGCAGAUGCUCUGAGACGUAUCACACCCGUUCGGCCUGCGUGAGCUUCCUGGGGAUUCCCCUGUGGUAUCCUGAAGAGACCCCCCGGACUGUCAUCCAGGUUGGUACCUCUCUCUCCCUUUGUGUCAUCCUAUAUCUCUCUUUCUGAAGUGUGUCGUCUUGACCACCAUGUUUAAAUGCAGGUUAACCAUUCUCCUACAAUUUCCGUGGCCUGCGGAAAUCUAAUUAACAUAAUACAAAAAUUCCCAUCUAAAUCCAUCUGUUUAAGCUAGAGAUAUUUGUUUCUUUGUAUGGGCUGCGUCUCAAUCCACCACAUCCACCGAUAUCGCCCUUCCGCAUCUGCGGUGAAAGGUGGCAAAUUAUUAUGAGACUCUCACAAACACGAUGAUGUUCUGUUUUUUUAUAUUUUUAUACACUAAAUUUUUUACAUUUUAGUCAUUUAGCAAACGCUCUUAUCCAGAGCGACUUACAGUUAGUGAGUGCAUACAUACAUUUUGUAAUUUUUCAUACUGGCUCCCCGUGGGAAUUGAACCCACAACCAAGGCAUUGCAAACGCCAUGCUCUACCAACUGAGCUACAUCCCUGCCAGCCAUUCCCUCCCCUACCCUGGACGACACUGGGCCAAUUGUGCGCCGCCCCAUGGGUCUCCCGGUCGCGGCUGGCUACGACAGAGCCUGGAUUCGAACCACGCGAUGCAGUGCCUUAGACCACUGCACCCCUUCAAAUGAGUGGAUUCUGUUAUUUCAGCCACACCCAUUGCUGACAGGUGUAUAAAAUCGAGCACACAGCCAUGCAAUCUCCAUAGACAAACAUUGGCAGUAGAAUGGCCUUACUGAAAAGCUCAGUGACUUUCAACGUGGCACCGUCAUAGGAUGGUCCUCUGUAGCUCAGCUGGUAGAGCACGGCGCUUGUAAACGCCAAGGUAGUGGGUUCGAUCCCCGGGACCACCCAUACACUAAAAUGUAUGCACGCAUGACUGUAAGUCGCUUUGGAUAAAAGUGUCUGCUAAAUGGCAUAUUAUUAUUAUUAUUAUGCCACCUUUCCAACAAGUCAGUUUGUCAAAAUUCUGCCCUGCUAGAGCUGCCCCAGUCAAUUGUAAGUGCUGUUAUUGUGAAGUGGAAACAUCUAGGAGCAACAACGUCUCAAACCGCGAAGUGGUAGGCCACACAAGCUCACAGAACGGGACCGUGUACUGAAGCGCGUACCGAGGUCCAAACUGCCUCUGGAAGAAACGUCAGCACAAUAACUGUUUGUCGGGAGCUUCAUGAAAUGGGUUUCCAUGGCCGAGUAGCCGCACACAAGCCUAAGAUCACCAUGCGCAAUGCCAAGCGUUGGCUGUAGUGGUGUAAAACUUGCCGCCAUUGGACUCUAGAGCAGUGGAGAUGCGUUCUCUGGAGUGAUGAAUCACGUUUCACCCAUUUGGCAGUCCGACGGACUAAUCUGGGUUUGGCGGGUGUCAGGAGAACACUACCUACCCCAAUGCAUAGUGCCAACUGUAAAGUUUGGUGGAGGAGGAAUAAUGGUCUGGGGCUGUUUUUCGUGGUUCGGGCUAGGCCCCUUAAUUCCAGUGACGGGAAAUCUUAACGCUACAGCAUACAAUGACAUUCUAGACGAUUCUAGUGCUUCCAACUUUGUGGCAACAGUUUGUGCAAGGCCCUUUUCAGCAUGACAAUACCCCCGUGCACAAGCGAGGUCCAUACAGAAAUGGUUUGUCAAGAUCGGUGUGGAAGAACUUGACUGGCCUGCACAGAGCCCUGACCUCAAAAUCAAAUAUCUAAAUAAUCCUUGGUAUGACCAUCUUAAAAACAAUUCCAUAUGUUGGCUUAGUAGAACCGACCCCCCCCCCUCCCCCCCAACCUCACCGCUGGCUUAGACAGGCCUUAGACUCUAGAUGUGUUUCCCAACCCAGGUCCUCCCAACAAUAACAACAAAUGUAUUGUAACCAUGGACAAGCACACCUGAUUCAACUUGUCAACUAAUCAUCAAGCCCUCAAUGAGCUGAAUCAGGUGUGCUUGUCCAGGGCUAUAACGAAACAGUGUACUGUUGGGGGUACUGGAGGACCAGGGUUGGAAAACACUGCUCUAGAGGGUUAAAGACUGAUCCAAAUACACCUGUCACUCAUCUUUCACCCCCUCAGGGCCAGCAGGUGCUGCCUGGCAAGUGUUGGCCGUUUCCUGGGGCCCAGGGCACUAUGACCAUCGCCCUGUCUCACCCCAUCCACGUGACCCAUGUCUCUCUGGAGCACCUCUCCACCGCCGUCUCCCCUAACGGACGCAUCGACAGUGCCCCCAAGGACUUCGCCGUCUACGUGAGUCACCUCUGAGGGCCUGUAUUCACAAAGUCUCUGAGUGUGGGGGGGGGGGGGGACCCUUUCCUUCCCUGUUCAGCACUCCAACUCUGAGGCUCUUUCCUUUCUUGUACCACAUAGAAUCUACAGUGGGAUGAUUUGUACAGGGAUGUUUUAGUGCUAUGUAGAAUACCUUUUAAUUGACUCCCUCACUUUUUCCCCACUCGCUUUCUGUGUAGGGCAUGUCUACUGUCAGCGAAGAGGGAAACACUGCUCGGAAUGUUUACAUAUGACCAGGCUGGAGAUCCCCUCCAGACAUUCAAAUUGCCUGUGAGUCCAAUGCUGACAAACUAUUAGAGAUACAUAGUAAAGAUACAGGCUAAUGAGACAGGUAGUGAUACAUAGUAAAGAUACAGGCUAAUGAGACAGGUAGAAAUACCUUUUGGGGCCUAAUGUGUAUGCAUUAAGACUUAUCUCAAAAGUCAAUAAGCUUGGACCUCUCUCACCCUCUUCUCACUCUGACUUUUUUUUUCUCAGAACCCUACUGCAGUGUAUCGGUAUGUGGAGCUCCAUGUCCUCAGCAACUGGGGUCACCAGGACUACACCUGUGUGUACCGCUUCCGGGUUCACGGCAAGAUGGCUUCCUUU